CCCCAUGCGGCAAUCCGUUCUAGACGGCACAUUAUUCUCGGUAUGCCCACCGAAUGUCAAGGACUUGUUCAAGGCCAUUGAAACUACACCCGGUCCUCAACGAAAACCACCCAACCUCCACCCAGCUGUCCUCCACCUCAGCGACGAAGGUGCCGUUCCUCUCUCACCUACUCCCCCGACCAUCACCAAGCACCAACACCCCAUUGUUCCCUCCCUUUCUAUCUUAAAGGAUGUCCUCUCGCCUGCCGAGUGCAAAUCCAUCAUCGCUGCUACCGAAUCUGUCGGCUACCUCCCCGACGCACCCAUCAAGGAAGACGGUUCCGAAUCCAGCAUCCUCGCCCACAACGUCUACUGGAUCGUUGACCAAACCUUCCACGAUGCUCUCUGGGAACGUGUCCGUCCUUUCAUCCCCACCCACGAUGCUGGAAGAAAGGCGCGAGGCAUCAACCGUCGCUUCAGGGUUUACCGCUACGUUCCCGGAGCCGAGUAUCGCUGCCACUUCGACGGUGCCUGGCCUCCCUCUGGCAUUCACCCUACGACGGGCAAGUACAUGUACGAUGCCUCGCCGGCGGACAAGAAGCAGUCGAGUUUGUUUACCUUCCUCAUGUACUUGAAUGAUGAGUUUGAGGGCGGCGAGACGACCUUCUUUACGCCGAGCGUACGUGACGGUGUCAUGAAUGCCCACCCAGUGAGGCCGGUUAUGGGCUCGGUGGCGGUGUUCCCACAUGGCGAGAACCACGGUGCGCUGUUGCAUGAGGGCACUGGUGUGAGGAAGGGUGCCAAGUACAUCAUCCGGACGGAUGUGGAGUUUGAUGUCGACCCUGGACGGGAGGACUGAUGUGUGUGAUGUCACCUUGGUUGAGCUAUGUAUCUUGUCCGAGGAUUCAUUAUACAGUCUGUCGUUACCUUGCGGUAACAACCUUAUAACGCCUAAAGUUCCUCGGAUAACGUUUCAAAUAACUCGAGAUGCUUCGCUAGACUAUAGCUUAGUCUAUACAUCAGGAAAAGUUCAAAACCCCUGUAAUCAACGCUUCGCUUUCUCGCUUCUCCUCGACUUCGGGAAUCCUGCUACAUCGGACGACAGUUAGUCUGUAGAUGAGGGUCAAGCUUGAAG